CACCUGAGAGCGUCCAGGCAUCACAUGCGGGCAGCCAAGCACCUGAGAGCGUCCAGGCAUCACACGCGGGCAGCAAGAAAGCACAGAGUGUCCCAACAGAAGAAGAAAUAGGUGAACUGUUUGCUAAGCUAAAUAAUUGUUCAUCUAAAGUUGCAGCACUUAGCUUACAUAAGUCAUAUGCAGAUCAGUUUGUAAUGAGCAGCCGUGAAAUACCUGUAGUUUCAGAUUUAUUUGAGUCCGACAACCUUGACCUACAGUUUCACGAGCUACUGCCUAAGUGCCUAGAGGUUAAGAUCGAGCUCACAGACAAACACAUUGAUAUGGUGGAAAAGGAUACUAGGACACAAGCAAAAGGUCCUGGCUUUUUCAGGCACAGAGCAGGGCGGAUUGGGGCGUCUGUCAGUGGCACAGUAUUUCACAGUAAUCUUGCACAGCCACCCCAGUCAACACUGAAGUCUAUCUGUUACCCUCAUCUCUACAAAGUGAACACAAAGGCCACAAGACAUGGGUGUGAGCAGGAAGAAAGGGCUAUCGAUGUAUAUAAGGAAUAUAUGGAAAGUAAUCAUGUCAACCUCCAGAUAAAGAAGUGUGGUUUAUUCAUAAGUAAAGAACACCCUUACCUGCACGCUACCCCUGACUUCCUGGUGUCUUGUGACUGCUGUGGUAUGGGAUGUGGGGAGGUUAAGUGCCCUGUCUCUGUGCCAAACUGUAACUUUGAUCUGUAUGUAAAUAAUAAGACUUCAUGCCUGGAGAAGGUAAACGGGGACUUCAGGUUGAAGAAGAGUCACAGCUACUACCAUCAGGUACAACAACAACUGUUCAUUUUGUCAGACAAGAGUUACUGUGACUUUGUGGUUUGUGUGUGGGAUGUCAAUGGAAAUCCCCGUUUUGUACAUGACAGAGUCAAACCUGACCCGGAACACUCCAAAAUGGUGCUUUUCAAGCUCCAGGCCUUUUGGAGGAUCUGUGUUCUCCCAGAGAUACUAGGUCGCUGGUAUACGCGUAAGUGUGAUGUCCCUGUUAAGAUGCCUGGUCCAAACUCGGUGUGUUUUUGCAGGGGACAGAGAGGUCUAGAUGACGUUAAGUGUAGUAAUCCUGACUGCCCAUAUGGAGAGUUCCAUCAGGCAUGUUUGGGAAUAGUUGGGGUUACUUUGAGAAAGACAUGGUACUGUCCCCACUGCAGUAGACUACCAGAGUUAAGGAAAACAAGUACCGGUAAGAAGUCAAAAAGGAAGCAAACUGAACCAUCAGCAGUUAGCCAGGCUGCCUUACUUUGCAGUACUGUAUGCCUGUGUAAGGCAAAACCAGCUCAGGGAGAGAGGCUGCUUGAGUGUCACAAUGCAGCAUGUGACCAGGGAAAGUAUUUCCAUCUCAAUUGUUUGGGUAUGAAACGGAUGCCAAACAAUGCGAAAACCACGUGGCAGUGUAAGGCUUGCAAAAAGAAAAAGCCAUCUAGUAGUUCCCAAACUUACAAAGGAAAGGAAACAAAGUCUGUUGAUUCUACAUCUACCUCUAGAAACACCAGUGAUGUGAGUAGUGAUGAGGAGGAUGUUGUUAUCACCAAUGAAACCACAGAACCACUGGAUAAGUACCGUAGUCUGUCCAAUCUGACUAAAUCAGAUUAUAACAUAAUCAGAGAUCCAAAUGGUUGGUUAACGGGUGAAAUUAUACACUCUGCUCAAGUACUAGUUAGGCGAGUAAAUCCAGGUGUGGAAGGACUCCAGCGUCCAGCACUGGGGCCUGCCAGGAACUUUGAUGUUGUUACAGCCGAAUGUAUUCAAAUCCUGCACACAGGGCAAGGUCACUGGGUCUGUGUUAGCACUGUGGAUUGUUUGCCUGGCAGGGUAAAGCUGUAUGAUAGUUUGUAUCAUGAUGCUGUCAGUCAAGAGGUAGAAGAGCAGACAGAUGAUCUGCUUGGUGGUAACCUAGUUUCCAUAGAUUAUGUUCCUGUGCAACAGCAGACAAACAGCAGUGAUUGUGGGGUGUUCUCUGUAGCAUUUGCUGUAUGUUUAGUUUUUGCGAAUGACCCAAGGCAUGUGACGUUUGAUGUGCCAAGAAUGCGUCCACAUUUGUUGAAGUGUCUGAAGGAAGGGUCAAUCACCAUGUUCCCAAGUUUGUGAAACCCUGUCCAUUUUGUAUGGAAUGUUAUCUUAUCUCCUGUGCUAUAUUUCAUACCAGUUAAGUUGGUGUAUUGACCAAUGUAUUGAGUUUUGCUGUUGAUUAAUAUCUCACAGGAUCUUCCUAACAGGCUGACAUGAGAGCCAAAUGUAAAUGUAUUACUAUUACUCAUACUCUGUGAGACCCAUUUUAUAUGAAAUGUUGUAACUUUAUUGACCUACUGAGUUUUGAUGUACCUGUAAAGGUCUGACUAGCAUCUUAUGAACAGACUGAUCUGAGAGCCAUAUGUAAAUAUUCUUUUGCCAGUACUAGUGAAGUAUGUCUUACAUUUUCUUAAGUCAAGCAUUGAGUUACAAGUGUCUUAUGAACAGACUGAUCUGAGAGCCAUAUGUAAAUAUUCUUUUGCCAGUACUAGUGAAGUAUGUCUUACAUUUUCUUAAGUCAAGCAUUGAGUUACAAGUGUCUUAUGAACAGACUGAUCUGAGAGCCAUAUGUAAAUAUUCUUUUGCCAGUACUAGUGAAGUAUGUCUUACAUUUUCUUAAGUCAAGCAUUGAGUUACAAGUGUCUUAUGAACAGACUGAUCUGAGAGCCAUAUGUAAAUAUUCUUUUGCCAGUACUAGUGAAG